CUGUUCAUGGAUAAAUUCGGAGAGGUUUUUGCAGGAUCUCACAACCAGAGAGCAGUUUGAUCCAGGAAAGGAAUCUCCGAGGUGGAUCCAACCAACUCCAAAGGCCAUUUUGACCUCCCGCUUGGUCUGGUCUGCAGCUGACCAGCAUGGGGACCCUUCACACCUUUCUCCUCAUCCUGGUCGGCCUGGCCGGGUCUCGGGCUCAGGAAGAUCUCUGAGGAAAGGCCUUCGUUUUCCCAGAGGCCUCCAACAUGUCCCACGUGGUUCUGAAGGACAAGCCAAAGGAGCCUCUGACCAGCUUCACCGUGUGCCUGAAAUACUACACGGACCUGACCCGGCCCCACGUCCUCUUCUCUUACGCCACCAGGAAACACGACAACGCAAUCCUCCUCUUCAAAGACAAACCCAAUGUGUACAGCCUGUACGUGAAUAAUCAGAAGGUGACCUUCACCACUGAAGGAAACCAGAGCAUUAAAUCAGCCGGGGAGCACAUCUGCAUGAGCUGGGAGUCAGCCACGGGGUUAGUGGGGUUCUGGUUAGACGGGAAACCUUUCCCCCGGAAGGGGCUGAAGAAAGGGGACUCUAUCGAUGCAGAGGCCUCCAUCCUCCUGGGGCAAGAGCAGGAUUCUUUUGGGGGUGGCUUUGAUGUCAACCAAUCCUUUGUGGGGGAAAUCGAAGAUGUGUACAUGUUUGGUCGGGUCCUGUCCCCCAGAGCUGUCAGGGCUGUCAACGUGAACGACGCUCUUUCCAUUUACCUGAUGGCCUGGAGUGCCCUGAGCUUUGAAAUCAGCAGUUAUGUGAGCAUGGAGAUCUCCCUCGUUCUCUUGGACAUGUGAGGUUUGCCACGCAGUGGUCUAAUAGGCAGGCCAGGAUUGGCCUUGAGUAUAUCAAAGUUUUUUGAAUGAUGAUUCUGGGCCUGCCGUGUUGAUCUCGUUUCUCUUCUGCUAGCCCACCAAAGAGGCAUCUUUCAACUGGGGAUUCUUUUCUUUUUAUCAGGGGGAAAGGCCUUCUUCAAAGCAUCCCUCCAGGGGCUGUGGCUGGUGUCUCCCUUCUGUUUCUUUGUAGAUUGUGAACUCUUUGGGGACCGGAGAUCAUCCUUGUAUUAUUACUCUCUCUGUGUAUAUAUAUAUAUAUACCAAUGGCCUUGACGAUGUUUUGUUGAGAAGCGGUGAAUACAUCGAUGUCCUCUCCUGAGGAGUCCAGUGAAAACUGUACUUGUAAUAAAUGUCUUUGCAUUAAAAAUAAAAAUAAAUAAAUAAAA